UUAAGUUAAAAUAAUCGCAGACCGACAAUGCUGUGCAGCUGACAACGGAUAUUUCAAUAAAUGUUUUGUCGGAACUGUUUUACGAUCGUUUAUUAUUAGCAGUAAAUAUACGAAUAUAUGUCAUAAUACAUACGCAGCUGGAAUGUGCCCAGUUGGUUUAUUUCCUUAGAAACAUGAUGGCCAAUGCUGUUUUAAAGGAAGUUACACGUAGUGUGAAUUGAUGGUGUCGCUGAUGUGAACUGUUGGAUAUGGCUGGAAUAGUUAAGACUUUGAUCGAUGGGUUUAUCAAUGCAGCGUCGGCCAUCGUCAGUCCUUACAAGGUGCAAGUAGAAUCGACCGAUGCCUUUGAAACGCUUCCUGUUCUGGUGAAAGAGGGAUGUAUUAACUUGUACAAACGCUCUGAAUGCUUUGAAUGUGUUAUUAUGCCAGAAGAUGCCAAACCAAAUUGUUUCAGUGUGUUUCGUCUGUACUGUGAAGUGGAAUCUCGCACUCUGUUUGGGACGAUCGCACCGAAGCUGGACAUGAUACUGCAGUGUUCCAGCUCUCUGUAUUUGGAGAACACUCUACAGAGAGUGUCUGACUGUUUCCGGGAGCACCCGACCUGGACCGCAGUACACGUGGCCGCUUACACAGGAUUGCGGGAAUGUUUCAAAGACGAAGACAUGCAGAGUCUAAUCAACACUGCUUGUGAAGAAACUGGCAUAACUCCACUGAUGGCGUGCUUCAAGGGAAACCAGAUGAAAUGCAUCCAGGAGUUGCUCAGCCACAAUGCUAAGAUUGGAUUGUGUGAUAAGCAGGGGAACACUAUAUACCACCAUGCAGUCACCACUGAUCCAUCGGUCAUUCCACUGCUUGCAUGUUACGACACCGAAGAGGCAAUCAACUGGUUGAAUGGUAAAGGGGAGACAGCUCUUUUCAUUGCUUGCAGUAAGAUGCUGCCCGAUGCCACCGAUAUUCUCAUCCACGUUGGUGCCGACCCGGCUGUGUCCACUGCAGACUGUUUACCAGUCCACGCUGCAGCCAGAAGCGGAGAUGUAAAGUCUCUCAAGCUCAUUUUACAAAUACAUCCAAACCAGAUCAGUGCACUUGAAAACACAUACCAGAGGACUCCACUACACUGGGCGGCAAAUAAAGAGAUUAUUCAGAUGCUGCAUCCCAAAGGCUGUGAUAUGAAUGCUGUUUGCGGACAAGGUUUCACACCUCUCCAAGUCAUGAUGAUGGAUCAAAAGAUUGACUGCUGUAUAGCACUGGUUAGCCGAGGAGCUGAUGUAAACGUUGUUGAUUCGGAUGGUGAAACUGUUCUCCACAAAGCUGUACAGAAAGACGCUGUCGAACUUGUUCACAUGUACAUCAUUUAUGGAGCUAAUAUUAAUCUGCAAAAUAAGGAUGGACAUUCUCCAAGACAUAUGGCUUCAGUGUCUAGUAAUAAAAACAGAGAUUUGAUACUGUAUCAUCUGCAUAUUUCUGGAGCUAAGCGAUGUGACAAGGAUGUUACAGGAUGCGAGGAUGGGUGCCUAGCUGAAGGGACAUAUAAUUGUUCCCCAGACAAAAAACUGAAGACAUUGUUUCAAAGAGAUGAUGUAGCCAUAUUGGACAAACUAUUGUGUGCCUCGGUGACUUGUGAUGGGGCUCCUAGGAAUAAAACUGGAGGAUCUAAUUUUGGAGACAGGGUUCUCUCCCUUGAUGGUGGAGGUAUUCGAAGUCUUGUCUUGAUAGAAACAUUGAUGGCAAUUGAAAAAAUUGUUGGUCGACCAAUCAAAGAUUGUUUUGAUUGGAUUUGUGGAACCAGUACCGGGGGCUUCCUGGCAUUGUGCAUUGCUUUUGGAUUUCCUCUGCACUAUUUGAAAGUUCUUUUCUUCCGAAUGAAGGAUGAGGUAUUCAAAGGAACACGGCCAUACUCACCGGAAGCUUUUGAGCUGAUGUUGAAACGAGAGUUUGGAGAGAACACAACCAUGGCUGAAAUAAAACAUCCAAAAGUGCUGGUAACUGGUGUAUUAGCCGAUCGACACCCACCUGAGUUGCACAUGUUCCGAAACUAUCACAGACCGUUGAACCAGCUUCGCCCAGACGAUGAGAAAGAAGAUAAAAUCCCACCAAUGCCCAAGCCUGAAGAACAGAAAAUAUGGCAAGCUGCGCGAUGCACUGGAGCCGCUCCAACGUACUUCCAGCCUUACAAAAACAUACAAGACGGAGGUCUCAUAGCAAACAAUCCAGCCCUUGACCUUCUCACAGAGAUACAGGAGUAUAAUGUCGCACUUAAACAAAACAAACAAGUGGAUAAAAUUCGCCAUCUAAGCUGUGUUGUCUCCCUUGGAACCGGAAGAAUGCCACAGACAGAAGCGAACAUCGUGGAUGUGUUUUGUCCAGAAAACCUACAUGAUGCAGCAAAAACUGUUAAAGGAGCAUCUAUCUUAAGUCAUCUGAUAGUACAUCAGGCGACAUUGUCGGAGGGCCGCCCGGUGGACCGUGCCCGAGCGUGGUGCAGCAUGAUCAACGUACCAUUCUUCAGAUUCAGUCCACAGCUGUCCGAGGACGUUCAGCUCAAUUGCCAUGACAACAGGAAGCUCAUCAACAUGAUGUGGGAAGCUCACUGCUACAUGGUGGCCAAUCAAUCUCGACUCCAAGAGUUAGCCAGCCUGCUCAAGGCUGGAUGAUAAGAAACUGGCACAAACAUCAGAUGGAUAAUUUAAAAAAAAUGGCUUCUUCGAGUAAUUAGCUUAAAACUGGAAAGAGCAAUGCUGUAGUCACUGUCAUGAAAACCUCUAUGGCUACCAUGAUUCUUGUCAGAAACAGCAGAUUUAGAAACUAAAACUCUUGACAUCAACAAUUCAUGAUUGUAAGAGCAAUAAUUUUAUUCGUUCUUCAAAUCUUUAGCUUUUAAAAAAUUAUUUUUAAUUUAAUGCAGUCUAUUCUAUUAUGCUGUUUUAUUCUGUUCUGCAACAAUUCUGAUGUUGCUUAGUCCAUUCUAUUAUGCUGUUUUGUUCCGUUCUGUUAUAAUUCUUAUAUUGCUUUCUAUUCAGUUUUAUUAUAUUUAUUAAAACGUUUUUAUAGUA